CUUUUGAAUAAUCUAUUUACAAGAUUUUUCAAAUUUAAUAAACUGCAGCAGUAUACUUAGUAAAUAUCAAAUGAAGUUAUGAGAAUCCAGCAAAUGGAUAGCAGAAUGAAAAGGACGAUAACAUCGAUCUGCUUUGUUUGCAAUUUGCCAAUUUUGUCAUACCAAGUUGGUUUGGUAUGGCAAGGUGGUAAUGGUUGGGAUGAUUUUGUCAGAGAACAGCUUGAAGAGUCAACAAUUCGUCAACGUUUAGGUGGCCGAAGGGAUUCAGCAGCUCAAAUCAACACUCCUCCGAGUACUUCUCCUCCUCCAGGCCUUCAGCGUCGCCGAAGAAGUUCAUUAGCGCAACUCACUGAUAUCCUUCGUGAAUGGAGUGGUGGUGGUUCGAAGAGAACUACAAAAGCACCUCUAAGUCGUCGUGAAACCUUAGCUGAUCUAGCUCGCAGCUUGCCAUGGCGAACUUCAACAACUGAUGUUGGUACUGGGACAUGCAACAGCCAUAAUCCCCCUUUGAAGAAGAGGCGUGAAUCAAGUGCUGAUUCUGGCGCCAGGAGUAUGAGAACUCGUCGUGACUCAUCACAUACAUCAGAGUUUGUAAAAAAUUGGAAUAGACGUGAAAGCCCCGGAGAGAAGGAGGAUCCAACACCCGUUAUUUCAUUUGAAAGUGCAAAAGAUGACUCCCGUCGAGGAUCUAAUGAAAGCUAUCCAUCUAAUCAUCGACGAGACAGCGUAGUUGGGCGGGCAACUACACCACCACCUCCAAAAGUAGUUGGAGCUACGAAAAAGCGCCGUGACUCACUGGCAGCUCCUGAAUUUCCAAAUUAUAGACAAGAACAGCGUCCUUCGACAAGCUCCACAGCCUCUGAUUCUACACCAUACCACGUUGACACAGCAUGUCAGGCUCUGCCACCGCCAACAAUCAUUACAAGUUCGGUGACUCCUCCAGCAACAUCGCCAACAGCACCUCGAGGUCGACGAGAUUCUACAACUCAAUGUGGUCGCAUCAAUAGACGUGAUUCAAAAGUCGUUAGCCCCGAGAAGACACCACGAAUGCAGCGCUUACAACGUCAAGCAACUGCAUUUGAUGAAUCAUGCAUUCCAGGCGGCAACAGUCGUCGUGGUUCGCAGCCAGCCUUGAGCCCUGAUCCACCUGAUGAUUGUGAACGGCGGGCUCGUCGGGACAGCCUUAGUCCUGAUAGUGCUUCAAGAGGUCGUCGGGACUCGAAGGCACAUCUAUCGCCCGACCGUAGUCAUGAACGUGAAGGUAGCCCUCGGCGAAGAACCCGCACAUUGCGUCGUCAAUCAUCAUCGGCUGUUAGAGCCUCUCGAUCUCCAGAUUCAAGUAGUUGUUGCUCUUCACGAGAGCCAAGUCCAUGUGCACGUGGACCACCUGCAACAUCUGAUGGCAACUCACGCCCAGCUAUUCGACGUCAAUCUACAACCGAGGAAAUUCUAAUUGCCCGAGGAUUUCGACGUCAAUCAACUACAGAGGAAAUGAUUCGUUGCAGGAAUUUUCGACGUCAGAGCUCACAAAGCGAUGAUGUUUGCAGCAGAUAUCGUGGCAGACGGGAUUCAUCAGCACAAAUCAUUGAUGGAACCAUAGGCACAAUGACCGUUGAGACUACGAGUACUUUUUUUGAUUCAAGCACACAAACUGAACCAUCACCGCUUUAUGAUAAUAACCAUUAUCACGAGGAAUGUCUCAGAUGCAACUCAUGCGGUUUGAAUUUGACCGGCCCCAACCAGAAACGAGCAAGAAGGUUCAAGAACCAUAUUCUCUGCGACUUGCAUUUUGCAGACGUUGCCCUAAUGGAGUGUUCAGAUUUUAUGCAGCAGCUGAGAAGCUUCAAGCCGCAAUCACUUGGAUGUGCCGUAGCCAGGCGCAAGAGCUCAACAACAUUAAUUUUCCCACUGCCACCUCAGGCAUGUUCAGAUGAAUUUUGCGAAGAGUACCCUCACAAUCUUAUGCCCACUCCUGGUUAUUGGAUUGAGUGUUCCAGGCAAAAAAUAUCAUUGCCCAACCAGAAUUCCUUGUGGGACGAAAGUGACUCAGAGCAUGAAGAUAUAAGGGUAGGCAGUUCAUCAGAUGCAUAUUUGGAACGUGAAUGCAGUGAUCUAUACGAAGACGAUGAAGAUUCAGAAGCAACGCCAAGUCCUAGGAAAAAGACAACUAUCGAGGAGCAGUGGGAUCAGCAGGGAGCUUUUGAGCUAAUAUCCGUUGAACAGGAGACAUAUGAAAAAUAUUUCUUUGGCACAGAACAUUGGAACUAUUUUACAAGCGACGAGGAUCUUGGUCCAGUGAUAUUAUCUAUUAAACAAGAGACAUUAAAUGGGCGUGACCAGUUUCGGAUAUUAGUAAGAGCUGGUUCCUAUACUGUCCAUGGACUGAUACCGGCUUCAUGUGUUUUUGCUGAUAGGUACAACCGUGAAGAAGUAGUUAGAUCAUUAGGUAAAGAAGUAAAUUUAAAUCCUCCCUUAACUUUAGGACAGUUACCAGAUACUCCAGAAGAACUUUUAAAGUUGGAUCAAGUUUUUAUUAAAUCUGAACUUAAAGUUGGUGUAAUCUUUGUUAAAGAAGAUCAAUAUACUGAGGAGCAGAUAUUAGACAAUAAUGAAAAUUCAUCGUUAUUUGAAGAAUUUCUACAGCUAUUAGGUGAUAGGUGUAGACUUCGCGGUUUCGAUAAGUACAAAGGUGGCCUUGAUACUGUCCAUGAUUUAACAGGACUUUAUUCAGUUUACACAAACUGGCGUAAUAUUGAAAUAAUGUUUCAUGUGUCAACAUUACUGCCCUAUGAAAAGCAUGAUCCACAAAAGCUACAACGCAAACGUCAUAUCGGUAACGAUAUUGUUUGUGUUGUAUUCCUGGAAGCUGACAAUACACGUUUUAGUCCUGCUUGCAUAAAAAGUCAUUUUCUACAUACAUUUAUUUUGGUUCGAGUAUCUGCAAGGAUUAAACACAAGCCCACCAGGUAUGAAGUUUCUGUAGUGACAAGAGAUGAAGUUGGUGCCUAUAAGCCUUAUUUGUGGGAACAAUCUGUUUUUGAGAAAGGACCCAUGUUUCGAGAAUGGUUAUUGACAAAAAUUGUCAACGGUGAGCGUGCCUCGUAUUCAGCUCCAAAGUUUGCCCGCAUGCAGGAGAGAACACGAUCGCAGAUGUUGGAAGAUUUGGUUAUGAACCUUUCGAAUCAUGCGGAAACUGGUCAAAUACCUAAACCGUAUCGAAGGGGUUCAUGGAGGCCCAUCGGCCAUAUGCGACCAUCAUCACCACUACUUGACUCAGUGCGAGAUCAAUUUGAAGACUAUGAUCAACUAGCUAAAGACUUUACACGCGUUUUUCUCAACGAAGAGCCAUUGUGUCUCCAGAACGCUCAUCUCUUCGAUGUCGUCUUUUUGGUUGGUCAAUCAAAGCAGAAAGCUAGAUUUAUUGGAGUCCGAGCGAUACUUGGAGUGCGGAGUCGAGUUUUUCAGGAAAUGCUCUAUGGAAUUCAAACUGGUUUUGGUUCUCCACAAAUUCCUGUUGCUGAAAUUUUUGCCCGACCCGCUCCAUCAUUAGUUUCACCACAAAAUCAGAAACCCAAAAGUAAUAAUUAUCUCACUGUUCCGGAUAUUGAGUCAGCCCGGCCUAAAAGUGUACCCUCAUCGCCAAUGGUGAAGCGAGCAUUUUCACGCCUCGGAACAAUUACCGCUGGCUGGGGUCGAUCAAUACGAAAUAAAAACACUUCAUUAAAUCCUGAAGACAAAAAGAAGUGGAUUUCUUCACAGGAUUGUUCGAAUCGCGAAAGUAAAGAUAAAGAUGGCAAAGAUAAGCCUGGAAACAAUCAACUUGCCGUUCCAAGGCUAUCAGUUUGCGCAGACGCACAAAAAGUAGACAGAGCAAAGUUAGCCCAGACAGAAUUUAGCAUAAUUGAGUUUGAUCCAGAAACGUUUAGAGUGUUAUUGGAUUAUUUGCAUACGGGGACAUGUCCACUAACUUGUGUUUCAAUACCAGGUCUCCUCUGCGCUGCUGAACAUUAUGAUCUCCCCGAAUUACUUCAAGCCUGCUUCCAUCAUUGUAAGCAAUUUCUACGAAUCGAAGUCGUCUGCCCUAUGCUCAUUUCCCUAGAAAACUACUACUGGCGUUACACCUCUGCCUCAGAACUAGUCAACAUGAUCCUAACCUUCGUCGAGAAUAAAGCACACGCCCUCUUCCGGCAAGCCGACUAUUUAAAUCUAUCAGAAUCAAUGGUUCAAAUGAUCAUGUGUCGAGACCUUCAGACCCCAGAAAUUCGUAAAUUUGAAGCCAUGCUAGCAUGGGCUCAAAGUAAAGUUGACAAAAUGAAGAUGCUCCCCAACAAAGAUACACAAUUUGAAUUCGAGUGUAUCAUGGAAAGGCUAACAAGAGACUUGAACUUGUGUCGUAUUUCUCCAAGUGAACUGCUGACUGUUGUGCUGCCAUCAAAAUCACUGAAGAACGAACGUAUCAUGGAAACUCUGAUGAUUCAAGUUAACCUUGGUACUUAUCGAAUGCAAGAAUUGGAUGAAUACAGAAAUCAAAUAAGAAGUCAAGACUCGAAAUGUAGUGGCGAUGGUAAUGUGACAGUUUAUCGAGGUGGAUGAGAUGAGGUUAAGAAUGUUAGUUUCGAUGAUGAGACCGAUAAGUUACAACAAGUUGAACAUGACGAUGAUGAUGAUUUGAAUUGAAAAGGCAAUGAAUUUGAAACACAAAUCUAUUUCUUAUAUUAUUUUUAUUUUAAAACAAAUUUAUUCUUUUGUGUUUUUUAAAUGUUAAAAUGUUAUCAAUGCCAAAAAAAAAAAAACAA